GUAAGUAACAUAAGCUGCACCGGGACCCUGACACCUGCUGCACCGUCCUGCACAACCUCAAACAGCUUUCAGGGAAAGAUGGCGACCCGAGUCCUCCAGCGACUGGGCAUAGGCCUGAAACACUCAGGAAAUGGGCUUAAUACAAAUGGACAAGUCACUGUAGUCGUAAGGAGCCUCUCAGCUUUCCGUGAAGACAGCUGGUUCAAAUCUCUUUUUGUUAGAAAGGUUGACCCCCGAAAAGACGCUCACUCUCAUCUGCUUGCCAAGAAAGAAGACAACAAUCUCUACAAAAUACAAUUUCACAAUGUCAAGCCUGAGUGCCUUGAUGAUUACAAUGAACUCUGUGAGGACGUCUUGUCUUCCAUUCAUGCUGACCCUGAAUACCCAUGUGAACUAGUGGGAACCUGGAACACAUGGUACGGAGAGCAGGAUCAGGCAGUUCAUCUGUGGAGAUACCGAGGAGGAUACCCAGCUCUCACCGAAGUCAUGAACAAACUCAGGCAGAAUAAGAAGUUUAUGGACUACAGGAAUGAGAGGGGGAAGAUGCUGCUCUCUCGCAGGAACCAGCUGCUGCUGGAGUUCAGUUUCUGGAACGAACCCGUCCCUCGUACAGGACCCAACAUCUAUGAGCUCCGAUCAUACCAACUCAGGCCAGGAACGAUGAUUGAAUGGGGAAAUUACUGGGCGCGUGCUAUUGAGAUCCGCCAGCAGAACCAGGAGUCAGUGGGAGGCUUUUUCUCCCAGAUUGGAAGUCUGUACACAGUUCACCAUUUAUGGGCUUACAAAGACCUUCAGUCCAGAGAAAACAUCAGAAAUGCAGCCUGGCAACGUGAAGGCUGGGAUGAGGUUGUUUAUUACACUGUCCCUCUCAUUCAGCACAUGGAAUCUAGAAUAAUGAUUCCCAUGAAGACUUCACCCUUGAAGUAACCACAAACAAACAGCAGGGGGAACCUCUCAGUAACCACUGCAACUUAUCACACUGAUCCAUGCAGAGUGUAACCAGCCAUUGGAGUUUGCACUGUCGGGGAUAUCUGCAAAAUAUUGGGCACGUUUUAGUUACUUUUCCUUUCUUUUUGGUCUCUUUACUCCUGUUUUCUGUUUGGGUUUAGAGUGUUUUACUUCAGCAGAUAAUAACCAAUCUGUAUCUGUUACAACAGUUACUGUGUUACUGAUCCAUUAAUGCACCUCGUGUAGACAAAGUAUCAUUUGACAUGUUCUUCCCUGUCUCUAUUAUUUUCAGGGUCAGAUUUUAAAUGGCUCUUUUUAUGUUGAUAUGAAACGGACAUCAGGGUUUAUUGAGAUACGAGAAAAGAUUAAAAACAUUUAGCAGUCACAGGAGCCCAAAUGUCUUAAGAACUUUUCAUAAAAUGUGUUACAAAAGAAAACCCAUCAUGACUGCAAACCCCUCCUAGCACUACCGCUGGCAACAAGUCAAUAAAUAAAUCUCCCUUCAGUAUCUCACAACAAAAAACACAAUGCCAGAACAGUUCCUUGUCAAUAUGAGAUUGAAAAAAUCAGUGUUGUAUGAAAGAUUGUCUGAUAUGGGGGGGCUGUGUUGCCAGUCCAAAGUCAGACCCCAGUUUUAUAUUUUCGGUAAAAGUAUAAUCUCCUAAAGGAAAUGUGAAUUCAUGUUUGUAUGUUUUUGAUCCAGCCAACUGACUCUACUGUGCAAUGUGUGUAAUAAUACGGGAAUGCAUAAAAGGAUUCAGCACAAAAUUUGAGGUUGAUGCACUGUGAAGUAUAAGAACAAGAAGGCACAUUUAAUUUGGACAUUCUUGAGUGUCCAGUACUUGGGUUGAAUUUCUGCUUAUUUUCCCUGUUUGCGUCUCCUUUGUUAAACUGACCAUACCUCAAGAUUGAUUUCUAACUUCGACAUAGUGACACUUCUGUUCCUUGUCUAGGUGGGGUACAAUGUGUCAGAAAUUUUUUUGAAGCUAGUUUUUAUUUCAGCACAACUAAAUCACUACAAACUGCUGUAUACACACUAGUAUAGUGUUUCCCUGAAUCAAGCAAUUAAUGCUGACUGUUGAUCGUGUGUGCUAACCAAGAUGAAUGUUUUUUUAAUGGUGAGAUUGUAGAUACACAUAGUAGGCUUACUGACCCAGCUAAAGACGGUGUGAACAGUUCUAUAUCUGUUAAACAUGUGUGGUAUCCUAACCUACAUUGGUAAACAAAAUCGACAAGAGAGUAUUAAUAUCACAAUGUUGUGGACAUGCACAUUGCAAUGCUUUAAUACAACUAGUUGUACAUAUUGAAUUAAACUUUGGGUCUAAAUGGAAAAAA